AUGCACAUAAACUGUUCGAAGAAACUCCCCAACGGUCCAUCUUUUUCCCCAUCUAUCUUUACAACGUCCAAACAUUUUUGUUUCAUCUUUUUUCAAGCUUCAGUAACUGGUCCUUGUAGCAGUGGGCAUCAUGGAGCAUAAUACACCAUUUCAAAGUUUUCUUCAGAUUCUUCCCCCUGUUGAAUUUGCCUGCGUCUAUGGUUCAUCUCUUCAUCCAAACAACCACGACAAGACAACCAUGACAGAUUAUAUUAUUGGUGUGUCUGACCCCAAGCAGUGGCAUUCUGAGAAUCUGAAAUUGAACAAGCAUCACUAUGCGUCAUGGAUGGCGCAUCUUGGUGGAGAGAGGCUGAUUACUGGUGUUGCAGAUAAAAUUGGCGUGGGAGUACAUUUCAACCCUUUUGCUUCUUGGAAUGGAAAGAUGUUCAAGUAUGGGGUUGUUCGAAUGCAUGACUUACUUCAAGAUGUAAAACAUUGGGAGAAAUUCUACUUGUGUGGUCGUUUACAGAAACCAGUUCAUAUUGUUGUUGAUAAUUUGAACAUUAACACCACCAAUUCUGUUAACUUGAGAGCUGCAAUGUCAGCUGCUCUUCUCCUGCUUCCAUCAGAAUUCACAGAGGAAGAUCUGUAUGCCAAAGUAUGUAGUCUCUCAUAUAUGGGUGAUGUACGAAUGCUAUUUGCCGAGGAUAAAAACAAGGUGAAGAAGAUUGUAACUGGACAAUUUGAUCUAUUCCACUCGAUGUAUAAGCCAUUUCUUGAAGAAUAUGAGGCUAAGAAGUUGUUGAGACUUUCAUCAACCGCCAGUCACCAAAUACAAGUUUCUCAGGAUUGUGACUUAUCAGUUGCUUGCUCUCUAGUUUCUGCUCUUCCUCCAUCAAUCAGAAGCCAGAUAAGCAUGAAGCAAGGAGAGAAAAUGAAUUUAAGAGAAACUGGUAGAAUUGUACAUGACAUUAACAUCAACUCAAGAGAAGCAGCAGCAAAUUGCUUGCAGAGAAUUCUGAGAAGAAGAGUUAUGGUUUCCAGUGCAAGGCAGGCCAUAUCUGGCCUGCUUGCUGUUGGUGGGGUAAAUGCUACUAGGUAUCUCUCUAGGAAAGUUAGCAAAGCCUGGAAGUCGUGGAUAUGAUAUUUUCCCUAUUGACGUAGACUAAAUUUUGUGACAAUUUUCAUUUUUCUUCUCCCACCCAUCCCCUUUCCUCCUCUUUUUAUCCCGUUAUCUUGGAGGUAAAAUACCGACCUUAACUAGGUUGGGAUAAAGAUACUGAUCAUGAUCUUGGAGGUAACUUUUUCCCUUAAAACCCUCCCCCCUUCAUGGUCAAAGGGAUUUGGUCUCAGCAACGACAACAAGAGAUUUUGUAACUGGAUUGGCUGGCACCUCAUCAUUCUACUCUUGUGAUGGGAGAUACUUGCCUACAAGUGUCGACAUGGAUUUUGAUUUGCCAAUACAUUUUGUAGUUAAAUUUACCAGUACUUUGGGGAUGAUAGUGUAUUCCUUGGUAGAACUAGAUUUUUGGCAAAGGGAAUAGCUUGUGGAAUAGCUAGUUUGAAUUCACAUUUAUAGACCCAUUUGUUUCUUCUUAUGU